AUGUCGCCCGGAAGACACAGCGGUGACACCGACGGCGUCGUGGGCCACGUUCACUUCAUCUCUCUCGAGUACGACCCCAACAACUCGGACGCAAGCGCCCUGCAGCUUGUCACCGAGUUGCGACCCGAGUGGAAGGAACCCGGCUCUAAGAUCGAGUUCAUAAGAUUCACCGAGGGAAUUACAAACACGUUGCUGAAGGCGAUCAACAGGAGAGAUGGCGUAUCGAAAGAGGACCUAGACAAGGAGUCGAUACUACUACGAGCCUACGGAAACGGCACCCAAGUCCUGAUUGAUCGCCAACGGGAAGCACAGAACCACGAGCUGUUGAUGCAGUACGGUCUCGCGCCGGCACUACUGGCGAGAUUCAAGAACGGCAUGAUGUACAAGUACAUAAGCGGGAAGGCUACGUCGCCUGAAGACUUGCGCAAGCCCUCCAUAUACUUGGCAGUUUCAAGACGUCUGGCUGAAUGGCACGCGACGGUGCCCUGCAUCUCCGCUGCGCCUGUCAAGUCAAAUGGCCUCAACGGAGCCGCCAAUGGCUUCUCUCUUACACCGAUCGACGACAUUGCCCCCGGAAAGCCGCCGCCGAAUGUCUGGACGGUCAUGCAGAAGUGGCUACGGGCUUUACCUACCGAGACAGAAGCACAAAGGGAGAGGCAAGCCAAGCUUCAAAAAGAGUUGGCCAGGAUGGUCAAAGAACUGAGUCAACGGCCCGGCUUAGGCAAGAAUGGCCUUGUAUUCGCCCAUUGUGACCUGCUGAGCGGCAACGUUAUAGUGGCCCCCAAGGAGGCCGCGUGCAGCCACAAGACCGAGGAGACGGUCAACUUUAUCGACUACGAGUACGCAACUCCUUCGCCAGCGGCUUUCGACUUGGCCAACCAUUUUGCUGAAUGGGGGGGUUUCGAUUGUGACUUCUCUGUGUUGCCAACGCGCGCCCAGAGACUGGAGUUUAUUGAGGAAUAUAUACACACUUACUUCAAGCUGCUACCUGCAGCUGACCGCCCGGCAGACUUGAACCAAGAUACAGAGGUCUCCAAGCUAUGCGUGGAGGUUGACGAGUUCAGAGGGCUGCCUGGAUUCUACUGGGGCAUAUGGGCGCUGAUCCAGGCAGAGAUCUCCCAGAUCGAUUUUGACUACGCCGAUUAUGCGGAGAUUCGAUUAGGUGAGUACUGGGCUUGGCGCGACGAGGUUACUGGUACACGAGCUUCUGAAGGCAGGGAACUACCUCUGCGCGAGAGGAGAUGGGCGCAAACCGAAUAG